AUGCCUGCUGCAGACAAACAUACCAUAGUAGUGGUGGGAGGACCGGCUGGAACCGGCAAGACGACCGUGGGAGAGAUUUUGGCUGCCCAGAUGGCGUGUCCAUUUGUGGAGGGCGACAUUCUUCAUCCCAAGGCCAACAUUGACAAAAUGUCCCAGGGAAUCGCUUUGACUGAUGACGAUAGAUGGGGCUGGUUGGAGAAGUUGAGCGUGAUUGCUGCGGAGAAAUCCAAGGAGCCGGAAAACGCUUCCCACACCUCGGUGGUCACCUGUUCUAUGUUGAAAAAGCUGUACCGUCAACACAUCAAAGACUCUGCCCAGACCACCUGCCGGUUCAUAUUCCUCUACUCGCUGUAUGAGUUGCUCCUCGAGAGGGUGGGUGGACGCAGUGGCCAUUUCAUGAAGGCUGAUAUGGUCAAGUCCCAGUUCGACAUCAUGGAAGUGCCCGAGGGACCUGAGUUGGUCGAGAACGGCGGAGACUGUGUGGCCAUUGAAAUUGCGGGAAAAUCUCCCGAGCAGUUAUACAACGAGAUUGUGGAAAAGUUGAAGUGA